AUGCCAUCAACAAGAACAAGGCCUAUUGAGAAAUUUGCAAAGGCCACGUCAAAAUGCUCUGCAGAGGCAGCGGCAUAUGGCAAGUGCAUUGUGGCUGACUACAAUUCGGUCCACAAAGACAUGUGUGCUAAAGAGUUCAUGAAGCUCAAAGACUGCUUCCUGGCAGCGUCGAAGAAGGUUUGA